AUGUCACACUCGGCAGCUGCUGCUGGAGCUCCAUCAGGCAGCUUGCGUCCAGAGCACGGCACAUGGCCAGGCCAUGUUCUCCCUGGCAGCUUCUUCCUCAUCUGGGCGUCCUGGUGGCUCUUCAGCACAUUCAGGCUGCACCUGCAGGCGGGUCGGCAGGCUCCGUUCCGCAGCCGAGCCUGGUUCCCGUUCUCCUGGGGCGUGCGUGGGCGGCAGCUGCCCGUAGAGCCUGCCCUCAAAGUGGCGCUCACAUUCAUAGGCAUCAAUGCCGAGCUGUGGGCCGGGCACACCUCCUACAGGAAUUUAUAUACGGCGGAGGGCCGGUUUGAGGCGAACAAUCUGCAGGACUGGCAGCACAGCGCCAUGUAUGGGGCGUUCCUGGUCUCCGGCCUAGUGGACCUCAUCGGCUUCUACGCACCUGCCGGGACGCUGCCGCCCGGCACUGAGCAUAUAUUUCUGGGGGUGGCAUUCGCUACGGAGGGGCUGCUGUUUGGGUUCCAUCUGAAGGGAACGCCGCUGGACUGGAGCCUGCACGUCCUCCUAGUCAUGCUCAUCUUCGCCGCCUCGCUUGUGUGCUUUGGCGAAUACAGGUUCCAAGGCAGCUUCGUGCUGACUGCUGCGCGGGGUCAGCUGGUUCUGCUACAGGGAAUCUGGUUCAUCCAAAUAGCCGAGAUCUUAUUCAAGGACAAGCCGGCCUGGGCGCCAGACUACCACGCGAGUGCAAUGAUGGUGCCGGUAGUGUUUGUCAUGUGGUUACUCAUCGUGCUGUUCGCCAGCCUGGCGGCCCACGUGGCGCUGCGGAUCCUGAUCAGGCGCUGCCCAUGCGCGCGUCCGACCGCGUUCCCUGCUUCCAACCAGCCCCUGGGCAAAAUCCAGGAGGAGGAUGAGGAGCAGCUGCCGAUCAGCGGCCUGCGCAGCGGCGGAGACAUUGAGAUCGCUGCUGCAUUCCCGCGCAAUGGGCACAUUUUGUAG